CAAUAAAAAUGUUAAGUUUCUAAUACGAAGUGUUAUAUGGUGCAAUAAAAAUAAAUUUCUAAACAAAACCAAAUCAAUAAAAUCAAUAACAAAUAAAAGUGAUCCAAUAAUAUUCGAAGAAAAUCAACGCGAUACAAAUCGAUUUUCUUUCGGAUUUCCCUGCUAGUUUGUCUGUCUGUUUGUUGUUCAUUAAUAUUGAGUUAAAUUGCCUAUCAAAACGUCUUCUGUGUAAUAUGUGGAAUAGUUCGCCAACAAAUUCGAAAAAGUUAUUGAUUAAUAAUUGCCGUGAUUAUGGUAACGCGUCUACUAUAUCGCUUGCAAUGGAAAUUCAUAUACAAAAUAAAUGUAUAUCGGCAUAGCGAAUCACUCUGGAGGGUGCAGAGCCAUGGUUGCAGGGCCCCCUUAAAGCAGCUUUUUUGGGGGCCACUGGUGUUGGAAAGACUAGUGUUUUGCAGCAAUUCUUCAAACACGAUUUCCCACUUCGCCAUACAUGCACAACGAGACGAAAUGUAUAUAGGAGCUGUUUGGUAUGCGAUACAUGCAUUCGAGAGCUGAUGGUUCUUGAUAUUCCACCGCAAAAAAAAUUUCCGACUGAUAAUUUAGCUGAAUGGAAUAAUGGUCAACCGCUGGGAUUACGGACAGUUCAUGCAUAUGUGCUGGUUUUUGAUAUGGGAAAUUUAGAAACAUUUCAGUACUGCCGCACCAUAAGAGAUCAAAUACUGGAAAGCUUCAACCAUAGGGAUUUUAGUUUAAUGGUUGUUGGAAAUAAAUUCGAUUUAGUAACAGAGACAAAUCCAUAUUCUCAGGAACUAAAGGAUAUUUCAACGUUAGUUCGAAAACACUGGCGUUGCGGAUAUGUUGAAUGUUCAGCAAAAUUUAAUUAUAAAAUUGGCGAUGUAUUUCGAGAGCUAAUGGGCUGUACCAGACCGGGAUACAUAGCACGAACUGAUUUUGCAAAUGGUAGCAAUGCUAAAGGAAAAUGCAAUAUUCUAUAAACAACAUAAGCGGUUGAACACAUUUUUAACCUUUUACAGACGGCUCGUGGCGCAUCUGUUGUAUUUAGCAAUAUGUGACGAAAAUAAGCGAUCAAACUAUGGCUAGAAUAAUCUAUAAUGAAACUUUUGAAGUAAUAGAUUUUUGAAUCAAACGACUGGAUUAAUAUGCCUGGUCGUUCGUCUGUGAAAGGUUAAAUUAUUAUCUGCGGUAAAACAAUAUUUCUACACGUUUAAACAAAUGAUUUUGGAAAACAAUACAAAAUGUUGGAACAUUUAAUUAGCUCACCGACGGCACUAUUUUUAGCCGAACAAAAAUAUGGAAAAAUUAGUUUCUAAAAUUACAACAAGAUAAAAAGAAUAAAAAAAUUAGUUGAUUUCAGUCUCAGAAGAACAUUAGAUUAACAAAGAAUGGUUGUUGAUUAUUAUUACGUCGUUUACACCUGUAAGAACUUAGUAACUAAGAUUUUGUGACCGAGGUACACACUAAAUUACACUAAAGAUAAAUAAAGAUAAAUAUUAAAUUAAAUAUUUCAAACUAUUAUAUACAUUUUUGGAUGACAACAACGUGAUGCUUACUAAAACUAACUAAUAAAAUUUAAUGUUGUUACAUGAAAAUGAAAAACGCGUUCUCUUCGAAUUGAAUUAAUGUUUAUCGGUUGGAUUGAAAGUGUCGAGGGAUUUUUUUGGUUUUUGAA